AGAAUCUUCUCUUGCUUUUACAUAACCUUUGACUGAAUACUGAUUCAUUAGAUUUAAUAUACAGGUAAUAUACUGACACAAAAACCUGCUAGAAUAGGCUUUAUAGCUGACUUGUUAGUUCUCAGGACGCGGGUCGAUGCUAUGCUUUGUGUACCUGGUGCUGUACUUCUCGUUUUAUUCAUGGUCAUCAAUACGUUUUCUGGAGUGUGAUAAUCACGUUGCCUAUCUGUUAAUGAAAUAUUAUUCAUCUCUGCAUGGGGUCUUUGAAAAGUGAAAUCAGCUUGUAUAUUUUGAUAUAUAUUUCUGUCCAGACAUCAACCUGUUGACCCCACCCCAGGGGGUGAGCUUGUCAGGGGUAGUGUAACUAUCAGAGAGAGCAGGACUUCCAAAUAGGUGGCAGGUAAUGCAGUUAAAUUCAUUCAACUUUUUCGCUGAUAGUGUAGUGGAGAGGAUAUUCAAAUACAUCAGCCAUGACUAGCAGGAAUGCAGUGAAUCUCUUUAAUUCUUCUGCAGAUCUGACAAUACAACAUUGUUAUCGGAGGGAUUAAAUUUGGUGUGCUGCAGCUCCUGAUAAAGUCUGUCAUCAUUAUCAGGGGUGGUAUAACUCAGGAGGAUAGUAAUUCCACUCUGCUUAUAAUAAAUAGGGGUGCAGAAUGUUAAUUCUGCUGAAAAAUCACAGAAUUCUGGUCCCUGCAGUUAGAGGCGCACCACAUUGUUUAACACAAUACUGAAUGAUACAGAUGGCAUUUUUCUUGAAAGAUGCCGUCUAGUAAACUCAUCCGAUAAAAAGUAAUAUAUUUUUUUAUGAUUACUAGGUGUGUAUAAUUACCCAGUAUGUGGAAUUAUUCUUGGAGUUAGUUGUUGAUUAGUCAAUAUUUUGUCAUCACCAGCAGUUGGAUGGGAUUGGGGUGAUAUUUUUUUCCUGUAUAUUUUCUCUUGUCUUUUCCAUUGGGUUGGUUGAUCUGCUAACAGAUGGUAAAAAAAAUGUGAGCAGAAUUAACCUAGUGUAUUGUCCUCCUAUAUACUCCACAUGCAGCCGGUGAUUUCUCUUAUGCCUGUGAUUGGUGUAUCGAUGCACAUCAGAAUAUCUCCAGUGCAUGCAGUAUGCAUCACAUGUAAUAGGCAGUCAUUGUCUGAAUUGAGUGUUCCCGUUGGCUGUUAGAGACUUGGAACACACUCAAAAUGUCUCUGCCACAAGGAGAGGAAAACGAUCCAUCCGGGAUUUUAUGUGUAUAUUGUAAGAGGCACUGGAUGACAUACUGGAGAAACUAGGACCCUCUACUCAUACAACACUGUAGGGUAGACGCCAGGACACAGGGGCUAGCGCACUCCAGGGCAGGGGCCCACCAUCAUCUGAUAGCUGUGCUCGGUUUUAUAGUGCAUUCUUCAUAUAUUCACUGUUGAGGCGUGGGUAGAUUUUUUUUGCAGACGAUCGGAACUCUUGCAGUGAUUUGCACAUUCCAUAGGACUACUGUUGUAUGUGUAAAUUUUUACAUGCAGUCUCUCAAUUCCUGAUGUGAUGGAAAAUAUCAUAGGAGUUGAUUGUUUGGGUGCAUCGGAGUCUAUAUCUCCCGACACAGAUUGUGCUAGUUGUCGAAGAAAUUCAAUGUCUAAAUUCAGAGUGAUCUCAGUGAAGAGCUACACAAUGAAGGGCUACACGAUGGCACUUCUGUUACUUGUGACAACAUUUAUGAGUGUGUGUUCAGCUCAGAAUAUGAAGCUUGACAUUGGUGAAACUCUGCGACAACAGGACCUGAAUAAAGGAACUGUAGAAUUUCAGGACCCUGUGGCCCUUCAGUGGGGGAUAGCAGACACCUCAACCAAUGUAGGAAAAAUGUUCAACUUUGUCAUUCCCAGCGAUGCUUUCAGAGGAACUCUUCACACAAUUAAGGUUACGGAGGCUGGAAAGUCAUCUCUACCCAGCUGGUUGUUGUUUGAUGAGAAAUCUCGACAAUUGAAAGGAAUCCCGACCCCCUCAGACAUUGGAGAUAACUAUGUGGAGGUGGUGACCACAGGACCUCAGAAUUCUCAAGCCAAAGAUGUGUUCUCCAUCAAAGUCGUCACAGAAACCCCGCCCACUCAUGUCACAGGCUCUUCCAAGUCAUCUGAUGGGAGGCCACAGACUGUAAGGUGUAAACGGGAACAGCCAGAAACUGCAGCCACCAUUGUAGUGGACGCAGACAUGAUGACCAUGUCCCCCUUGGACAGGGUGAAUCUGCUGAACAUGUUGACAGAACACCUUAACCUGGCCCCAGACAUGAUGAAGAUGCUACCUCUUGGAGAUAAGGAAGUUUUCGAUAAGUCAGCUCUCGUUGCUGGUCAGGGAGAUUCUAAAGAUCUGUCAACUCCUGGUAUGAUUAUGUCCUGGCUUGUUGGAUGUGGAAGUGUGCAAAAAGACCACAUGAAUGUCCUGCAGAAAGUUGAGGUCUCGGCUGCUAAUGGUAGAAUGAAGCGUAGCGUGAAGCACAACAUCAUCGGCUGGCAUGUCAUCAACACAGCCAUUCAAGAGAAGCCGAAACGUCGGCGGAGGGCCAUCAUGGCUACCGCAACAGUUACCGACACCCCUAGUCCACCUACAAGAAUACCAGAUACCAUUGUUACUGACCUGAAGCCAUCAGUGACCUCUGAACAGUUAACUAGGACUGUCCCCGUCAUGGAGACUUCAUAUUCAAAAGUGGAGCCUACAAAAACGAUGAUAAUGCCAUCCGCAAGUCCUACUAUUGAAGUCAAACCGACAGAUGUGAUGACCAAAACCACAACAACUUCAACUCCCAAACCUGCAGUUGUCACUUCGGCUCCUAUUACACCUUCUCCAACACCCAGUCCUCCUGUUGACAAGUCAGAGAUCAUGCCAUCAAAGACGAUCUCUGUCACUGAUGCUCCAACCAAACUCACGCCUCAGCCAGAGCCAGAAGACCCAAACUGUCCGAAUGACGGCAAGUCUCGUCCACCUAUCGUAACAGGAGAGAUGGGAGUAAUGGUUUUCCAGGUAGGCCAAGAGAGACAGUAUCAGCUACCUGAAAACCUGUUUUAUGACUGUAAUGAUGGACAAACCAGGGAUCUGUCCAUCAAUAUAUUUGGCAAUGAUACUGAUGUUCUCCCAAAAAACCAUUGGAUUGAGUUGAAAGGAAGGAAAACCGGCAAUUACAAAAUUGUAGGUUUCCCAAUGAACAAACACAUAGGGAAGCAAAAAUAUUCACUAAAAGCACAGAACAGUUAUGGUCUGUUAGCAACAUAUGUCGUGAAAACAACUGUCAAAGCGGAUAAUAGAUUGAGUGGAGAGCCCUCACACAAGAUCAGCAUGGCAUUUGAUGCAGACUAUAAUAAAUUCACCAACAGUAAAGUGAAAGAACUAACCAGGAGCCUGGCUCGGUUCAUGUUUGGUUCAGAUGAUCCGGAGGCCAUUACAGUGUUAGAUAUAAAGCCUGGUUCUGUUGUAUACUCCUGGACAAACAAUCAACUGCCCACCGAUUCCUGCCCAGCCAAGAAGGUGUCUGAAAUGAUGGGCAAGUUUUUCAAGGAGGAUGGAACGCUAGAUGAUAAAGUUAAUGAGGAACUCCCUUAUCCACUUCUUGGUGUACAAGCUAUUCCCAUGGGAUCCUGUAUUGGAAGUCCAGACUUCCCUACUGCCGAUAAAGGUCCACAGCCAGCGACACUUAAACCAGUGGAUCCAGUAACAGAGAAACCAACUGCAGAACCAACCGAUCCGGGGAGGAAGGGCUAUAAAGAAAGCGAAGAGAACGAGAUCUGGUUGACGACGGUUGUACCAGCAGUUGUCAUUGUCGUUUUACUUUUCAUUUUCCUUGUCAUUGCCUGUGUCCUAUAUCGCAAGAAGAGGAAAGGAAAGAUGUCUCUGGAAGAAAAGAAUAAUUUUGUCAACAAAGGAGCACCUGUCAUCUUCCCUGAUGAGUAUGAAGAAAAGCCAAAUGAUGCAUCCAAGCCACUGAUUAUGGAUGAAGAGAAGCCGCCAAUGCCCCCACCCCAGUACACCCGAGGUUCAAGUGAAAAUUCCAAAUCUUCACAAGAAAACCACCAAGGGGAGGAGUAUGAAAUGGAUACAGACAUUACUUCCCCCCUGUAUCAGCCCCCGCCCCCCGUCCCUUCAUCAGGGUCUAAUAAACAGCCACGUCCACACAUGCAGCCAGCACAUAGAAAUCCUGCACCUUAUGUGCCACCAUAAUGAGAAUGUAGUGAUGGUAGGGCUUUGCUGAUUGGUGGGUGUGUGGUUGUAUGGAUGGUUGUGAUUGAUCAAGAAGAUGAUGUGAGAAUAGUGUGUGAACAUGUUGAAAAAUGUCAAUGUUUACGAAAUAAUUACCAUGCUUUGUAUCAUCUUUUAAAACUUUGUGAAUCAUGCUACAAAUGUUACAAAACAACUGGGAGAUGAGUGGGCUUUUUUGUCUUUAAACGUAUUUUCAUAAUUUUGAGUAAGUGCUUUUAUUCGAAAAGUUAUAUAGAUAUAUGUUUCUACAAAAUGUGAAGAUUUCAUGUUAGUGUGUUUUGUUUUUUGUUUUUGAUUUAACUGUGGACAAUAUUAGUGCAUUUUGAUGUAAGAAUGAGUCUAUGCAAGAAACCUUUGAACCUUUCACUUGAGGUUACUGCUCUGGGUAAUCUGCAAAUGCACAUCAGAUACAAUUUUUGUACAAUAAUCGAUUUCCUCUCUCUCUCUCUCCUAACUGCUGGGUGAUAUAAUGGAUAGUUAUAUUAUAAUCAUGAUUAAAAGACAGAAACAGUUAUGAAGUAAGAAAAGUCUUUUGCAGUAGAAGUAUUGUAGCUUGUCAUGCUAGAUUGAUAUAAUCAUAAAAAUGUUUAAUCAUAAAGACGUUUAUAACCACGAACAUUUAAUCCCUGUACACGUCAGACACUUCCUAGUCCAAUGUUUUACAUGCAUGAUACCUGGAGAGUUGCUUAAGGAUGUUAUUAUUGUGUUAGAUGUCCAUGUUUUGUAGUAAGUUGUGAUUUUCCUAUUGUACUGUAGACCCUUCCAGAGGUGCAUUGUAUAAUUCAAUACUCAGCAUUUGAUCUACUUUUUAUCACAUGAAUUGCAAAUUGAUAUUAUUAAGUUUUUGUCGAUAUAUUGUGUAAUCAGUCCCGACGCCUGAACUGUUUUUUUUUUUUAAACCAACAAACACCUUAUUUAGUCAUAGGAAUGCAUAAACAUACACAUUUAAAAUAUAAUGCAUGGCCGUGAUUAUAAACGCUCCCCCAAAUGUAGGGGAGAGAACUCAUAGGAAGACCAAUGCUAUUAACUAGGUAAUCAAUGCAAUUAGUGAUGUAGCUUAAUUUUUGAUAAUCAUUCCAUGCAAGGUUCGUUUUUAUAUAUCAGGUGCAGUUGAUUACAAGGACAGACUUCAUAUUCAGGUUUAACAACAUAGUGUAUCAUACUUAUUGAUUGUGUUAAUGUUUUUUCAGUCCGACAUACAAAUUAAAAGUUGCUAGCCCCUUGAUCCACUCCCAUGGAUCUUUAAACACUGUAUUAUUCUCUAUGUGAGUGCACCUUAAUGAUUUCAAAUCAGUUGUAGAAUUUUGAGUCCUCUAGACAACAUGGAAAUAUAGAAAAAUAUUUAAAUUUGCAACAUUUAAAAUUAGAUUCUGUAUCUCUCUCUCUCUCUCUUUGCAUCCCUCCCCUUUUUGUGUAUUUUUUGCAUGCUUUAACUGGUGUUUUGAGGUAGUGUAUAACUAUAAUAUUGAUACACAAAAAUAUAUUAUUAAAAAUUAUUGUCUGUGUAAAUUUAGAUUUAGUUCAUUAACAGGAAGUUGAUGGCAUUACUUUCUCUGUUUUCUAAAUAUUACAGUUUUGUCUGGAAAAAAAAAAUCAGAUGAUUAUGAUUUGAUUAGAUUUGUUUCAGUUUGGUGUUCAGAGAUACUGACUACACAGUAUUGGGUGUUUGUUUCGGUAUUGCCUUGAAAUCAAAGCCAAUGAUUAAACAUGUUAUGAUGUCUUCGAAUUUUCAUGUAAGAAUUGAUCUGAAAUUUUGCGAGUCGUUGAGAUGUCAGAAAACGAUUCAGUACUUGUUAUGUGGAUAUGUAUGUUACACAUAUAUUUGUGUAUGUCCCAUUGUAUGGACAAAAGGAUGAAAAUAAAUAAAACAGUAUGUACAUGUA